AUGGAGCUGGAAACAUUCUGCUUUGGGGAUGUUUUUCUGCCAGAGGCAGAGGACGACUUCAUCGCGUCAACGGGAGGAUGGAUGGAGCCAUCUGCUGGACUGGAGUGUAUGACCUGUACCGACUCGAGUUGUUCCUCACAGUCUCCAGUGACGUGUUACUCCUCACAGACUCUGUGUUACACAAGUGCUGUCAACGACUCUGGGACGAUCACGAUCACUAAAGGCUGUACGUAUUCAUGGGACUGGAAAUGUUCUGAUGGAGGCGUCUUCUACUCGUACAACCUCGGCUCCUCGUUCCUCCAGAACACCACAUGCUGUGACUCACACCAGUGUAACUCCGCCCAGCUCCCCAUCCCUGCGCCCCCUGCUGGCUCUCUGCAGUGCUACGGGUGGGACCCUGAUACUGAAGUGUCUACUGCAAAUGUGACCUGCAACGUCCAGGAAGUGUGUGGAGGAUUUGUUACGUCAAACGCGCGGCCGCUCUACGGCUGUGUCUCUGAGAACAUCUGCAACAGCAGUCUGACCACAGCGGUGUCCAUGGGCCAGUCAUAUGUGUCCCUGACAGGGAUGCUUCUGCCAGAGCGUGGAGCGUUUUCCGUCAGCACUCUCACUCCACCUCUGCUCAGGAGUUUUGUAAUCUCAGAAACAGUGUACGUGGGGCAGCAGCAUGUUCAGAUUCCUCUGUGGCUCACACUGAUCGGCCCGUCUCCGAGCAGCAGCAGUGUAUCUCUGACCGUGACGUUUGGCACAGAUUACCCACUGAAUGGAGUCUUUCUGUCACAGAGCUGGGGCCUGCAGUGCAACACCUGUUCAGGUUCCACCUGCUCCAAUGACAGUUCAGUGACCUGCUCCAAGACGUCCGCCUGUUUCACCCGCACCUACACAUAUCACCACACUGAUGGAUCUAACUACACUUAUGUGGAAAAAGGCUGCAUCAGUGAGAACCUGUGCCCUGCGGCCGAACCCGAGGUCUUCUCCUACAAAACAGCUUCUUUCGCAAACAUGUUCUUCUGCUGCAGAUCUGACCACUGCAACGCACCAGCUCAGCCUGCGCCCCCUGCUGGUCCUCUGCAGUGCUAUGGCUGUGACUAUUACACAGUAAACUGCAGAUACGUGAACUGUGAUGAAGGACAGAGCUGUGCUAACUUUACAAACGGUGGGUCUGACAUACGCGGCUGUGUGUCCAACAAUAUGUGCAACGCUCUGAUGCCUCAGCUGAGCAUCUUCUACACCACUGACCCUGUGUCCUGCUGCAACACCACCAACUGUAACCCCCCAGCUCGUGCAGCCUUAAUUACAACAACAACUACUACUACUACUACUACUACUACUACUACUACUCUUCCUGCCAUUCCAUCUUCUACUGCAGACCCUCCUAACACCAAAACAGAUUCUGGCUCAGUUAUUUUCAUGGAGAUGUCGGUGGAUUCACUUGGUGAUCUCAGCAACGCGACGCUGUCUGAAGCCGUCCUCCAGUUUCUUCGAGAGCAGCUCAACACCACAGGUUUCGUGGUUUCAGUGAAGAAGAUCUCUCAGCCUGAAACUGAAACCCCCAACACCACCUCUGCUCCAGGACCAACCCAAGCUCCACCCACCCCAUGAACAACUAACCCGGAUGCCCUACCGCUCCACCCACCCCAUGAACAACUAACCCGGAUGCCCUACCGCUCCACCCACCCCAUGAACAACUAACCCGGAUGCCCUACCGCUCCACCCACCCCAUGAACAACUAACCCGGAUGCCCUACCGCUCCACCCACCCCAUAAAUCCACAAAAACAUGACACAAAACUGUCCACAGCGACUGGACAAACCUAUAGUUAGAUAGAUAGAGCUCUGAAGGGGGAGUGACUUAGCCUAGUGAUGUAGAACAUGUUAAUACGUUUUGGGUGAAUUUAACAUUUAGAAAACAAUAAAAGGAACACGGUGAUCUAAAUAUGUGAUGUGUUCCAGUAAAUACUCCCUCUUUAAUACCACACAGGU